UUCUUCUCCACCACCACCACCACCACCCACUACUACUACCCUGUACAUCGCUUUAAUUGACAUCGUUUCGAUAUUCGUCAUUGCCCCUUUACAGGAACGCAUCUCCCCUCCGUAAACCGGGUUUAUUACUGUACUGUACUUGUAAUUAAUUUCACAAAGUUGUCUGUGAAAGUAUACUAACUUUCACGACGUUGCUUUCUAUUGUCGUGUAUACAUGUGCUUUUCACGUCGUAGACUUUAAUAAAAGAAAAAACUCAAGAAACUCGUCAAUAAGAGUGCCCUAAAGAGGAAUAAACAUAAUAGGCAACGUUUAUAGCAAUAGUCCUUCGUAAUGGUACAGUUUGUGCUCACCGGUUUCGUGCAUGCUCACUCAGUCUUCAGUUGCACCCAUUAUCUUUCUUUGGCAACCUGUCCUCGAGUAAGUCAUGAAGAUUUCCGUCAUCCGUUAAGCGGUUGGACGUGGGUGGGUUCCACGUACCGGUGUUUGGUAGCGUAAGCUCCCCGAGAGGCCUUGUUUGAGUGUGCUUGCUGACAUGUCACCAUGCACACAUCGCUCGUCAGCCCAUGCAUGGCACUCCGACGAUUCAAGGCGUCUGCCUCAGUGGCGGCACGAGGCAGAAGUCUAGAAAAAGCGUCAGGCCCCAAGCAGCGCAAGGGGCCUUGGAUUAUUGAAAAAAAUAGAGGCACAUCAAAUGCCAGCUCAAAUUCAAGUAAUAAUAAGCGUAACAAGCUAAUAAGUGCAGUAUAUAAAAGUCCAUCUCUAUUUUUGUCGACAUGUCUCUUUUUUCACAUCUUUACUUCCUUUCUGUUUCUCUUUUGUCUUCUCACUAGUUUGUUUUUAUUGAGAUCAGCUCGCACCCCCACUGGUCUAAUUCUGCGUGCGUGCACAUCGGGUUUCAUCGAUAGGUGGAUUACCUUUAAGAAGUUUUUUCAAAAAAUAUAUAGAUAUAAUUGAGCAUCGAGUAGAUGAGUCCUCUUUUGCAAGCGCCAUUGUUCCACUCAAGGUGGAGACAAAGCUGGUGGUGUAAUAUUUAUGUAUUUACCUUCUAGAUACACGUGGUUAGAAGUUGUGGUUGGGACAAGGUUACAGGGCAAAAUUAAUGAUAAGUGCGGUAUUCCGCAUUGCCAAUUGGUGGUUGUACAGUAUUGCUAAAUAAAGACUUUCGAAUUGAUUGUGCACUAAUUGCACUUUGUACUCUGUGGCCAAAUAUUAAAUAUCUAAUAGGAUGUUUAAUAAAAUUCAAGUGUGAAGCCGAAUAUAAUUGUUACUUGUUUUUUUUCGAUAAGCUGGCAAAUGUUAAUUUUCAUUUGUCUGACUCCAUCUCUGUUUCUCUAUCACCUUCUGUCUCUGUGUCUACCUCCCUAUGUCUCUAUAUCUCUAUGGAUCUGUCUCUCAAUGCCUCUGUUUCUUUCUCUGACCCUCUGCUGUUCUGUCUCGCUGUCCGUCUUUCUUUCCCUGUCACUCUGGAUUCGUCUGUUUCUCUCAUCUAUUUUUGUGUCUUAUCACUUCCUAACAAUAUCUUCAUUGUUGGGGUUUUUGUCGUCUUCUCAGCUCCCUCUUUCAGUUCCCUCCCCGUAUGUUUCUCUUGUUGCAAUUAAGCUGAAUACUAAAAUACACAUAGCAUUCCUUCAGAUUCAAAGGCAGGCUAAUGAUUCAGCGUCAAAUCAAAACUGCUGUACCCGUGUGUGUGUGAUUAUCAGAAUGCUUUUUUCCCUUUCUCUGCGUCAGUUCAAUCACAAGUUAUUUACAGAGCCGGCACUAUUUUUAUGAAUACAUUUGACCUAAAUGUAUAAUGAUUUUUUACACUUGAGAUUACACCAUGUGAAGGCUGUGUCGAGGCCUGGUUGAUGUAUACACAGCUCUUCCAUGCUCAUAGAGUUUGUUCUUGGUAUUACAUAAUCUUUGGGAUUUUUUUGCAUCAAAUCUCAGCAUGAACGUAGAAUUGCCUGUUGUUCGUGUUGUGGGAAAUGCACCCCGAAACAUUUCUUAUGAAGGCAAAGUGAACUUAGUGGAAUACAAAGUAUUGUACUGUACUAAGGAGACCUGGGUAACAUUCAUUCCCAAUUGCUCCCAAAGGCAACUAGUGAUUGCUUCAACAUCACACGGAGAAAUAAUAGUUUAAUUCAAAUAUUUUUUGUUCCACUUCGAGUGACUUCACAUGAGUAAAAUGGAGCUUUUUUUCGGGGAAAAAAAAUCUAUGCUGCGUGCCAAAUAAAUAUCCACUUUGCUCAGAACCCGUGCUUCCUUUCCCAUUUUGUUCAAAUGUGACUGCCACUGUCUGAGUACAGUAGGGUUUGUCAGAUAUAAUUCUCUGGCAUCCUAAGCGUUCCCCUGUCGCUGCCCUCUUAAUUAAACGCCGUGUAGCUACACAACAGGCUCCGGCAUUGGUCGUGUUACGCAGUUGCGCGCUGUGUUGCCAGUGCUACAUUUCCACAGAAACUUUCCACCAAUUCCAUUUCCAAAAAUAAGCACGGACAAAUGAUCCUGCUACGAAUAAACCACAUCCAUCGGGGCACGCACACAUACGCACGUAUUGUAUGUGAGUGUUUUGCAUGGGAGAUCCGGGCUCAAAACCAACAUGCAAGCCUGGAAUCUGGACAGAUCCGCCACCCCUUUGCCCGGCCGCUGCUGCAAUAGCAGCAGCAGCCUGCGGUAUUUAUAGAUGCGAUCUGGAGCGAGAGAGGAGCAGAGUCGCCGCUCUGAACAAACGCGCCUCUGUUGAUCGCGUGUCACCUGGGUGCGCUUGCGCACGCAAUGGAAGUGCGUAAGAAAAAAAGGUACCUGUUGGAAACGUCAGACGCGGCGACCAGCUUCUUGCGCGCUGCUCGCAAUGGCAACCUUGAGAGGCUCAUGGACCACCUCAAGGGAGGCAUGGACAUCAACACCUGCAACCAGAAUGGGCUCAACGCGCUGCACCUAGCGUCAAAGGAGGGUCACGUGGACGUGGUGACCGAAUUGCUGAAACGAGAGGCGGAGAUCGACACGGCCACCAAGAAAGGAAACACAGCGUUACACAUAGCAGCGUUGGCUGGCCAGACAGACAUUGUCAGAGUUCUGGUGGAGUUUGGUGCCAACAUCAAUGCGCAAUCACAGAAUGGCUUCACCCCACUCUACAUGGCAGCGCAGGAGAACCACUUGGAGAUUGUCAAGUUUCUGCUGGACAAUGGGGCCAACCAGAGCGUUGCGACAGAGGACGGCUUCACCCCACUGGCCGUGGCGCUCCAGCAGGGCCACGAGCAGGUGGUGGGGCUGCUCCUUGAGAGCGACACCAAGGGCAAAGUGCGGCUGCCGGCGCUGCACAUCGCCGCGCGCAAGGACGACACUAACGCCGCCGCGCUGCUGCUGCAGCACGAGCACAACGCCGAUGUCACCUCCAAGCUCUCGCAGAUGAUGCUGAACCAAACCACUGAGAGUGGCUUCACCCCCCUGCACAUCGCGGCGCACUACGGCAACAUGAAUGUGGCCACGCUGCUCCUCAACCUGGGCGCCGCGGUCGACUUCACUGCACGGAAUGGCAUCACUCCCCUCCACGUGGCCGCCAAGCGAGGGAACAACAACAUGGUGAAGCUGCUGCUCGACCGGGGAGCAAAGAUCGACACCAAGACCAGGGACGGACUGACGCCGUUGCACUGUGCUGCCCGGAGUGGGCACGAGAAGGUGAUUGAGAUGCUGCUGGAAAGAGACGCUCCAAUCCUGGCCAAGACCAAGAACGGGCUGUCCCCGCUGCACAUGGCGACGCAGGGGGAGCAUCUGGCGUGCGUGCAGCUCCUGCUGGGACGCCAGGCGCCCGUGGACGACGUCACGCUCGACUAUCUCACGCCGCUGCACGUCGCCGCGCACUGCGGCCACUACCGCGUGGCCAAGCUGCUGCUCGACCGCGGCGGGGAGCCCAACGCGCGGGCGCUGAAUGGCUUCACACCUUUGCACAUUGCGUGCAAGAAGAACAGGAUCAAGGUUAUGGAGCUUCUCCUGAAGCACGGAGCAUCCAUACACACCACCACGGAGUCUGGCCUCACGCCUAUACACGUCGCCUCCUUUAUGGGACAUCUCAACGUGGUGCAGCUUCUAUUACAGAAUGGGGCUUCUUCCAACGCCACCAACGUUCGCGGGGAGACGCCACUGCACAUGGCCUCGCGAGCUGGGCAGCUUGAGGUGGUGAAGACGCUGCUGCAGAGUGGGGCACGCGUGGGCGUCAAGGCGCGGGAGGACCAGACGCCGCUGCACAUCGCUUCGCGGCUGGGCAAGGCGGAGAUCGUGCAGCUGCUGUUGCAGCGAGGCUCCGACCCCAACGCGCCGACCGCCAGCGGCUCCACUCCGCUCUACUUCGCCUCCAGGGAGGGCCACGGCGACGUUGCCUCGCUGCUGCUGGAGAACGGCGCCGACAUCUCGCCGGUUACCAAGAAAGGGUUCACGCCACUCCACAUUGCCUCCAAGUACGGCCGACUGGAAGUCGCCACUUUACUUCUGGAGAAAUACGCGUCUGCUGACCCCAAGGGCAAGAACGGACUGACCCCGCUGCACGUGGCCACGCACUACGACCAUCAGAAAGUGGCGCUGUUGCUGCUCGACAAAGGGGCCUCCCCGCAUUCAACUGCCAAGAACGGCUACACUCCGCUGCACAUCGCCGCCAAAAAGAACCAGCUGGAGGUGGGGAAGGUGCUGCUGGAGCUGGGAGCGGAGACCAACAUGCUGACCCAGCAGGGCGUGGCACCGCUCCACCUGGCCGCCCAGGAGGGCCACGCAGACAUGGUGGCGCUUCUCCUGGGGCGACACGCCAGCAUUAGCCUUGCUACCAAGGGUGGCCUCACAGCCAUGCACCUCGCCGCUCAAGAGGAUAAAGUGAACGUGGCGGAAAUCUUGACGAAGCAUAAAGCGGACGUGAAUACCACCACCAAGCUCUGCUACACCCCACUGCAUGUGGCAAGCCACUACGGAAAUAUCAAGAUGGUGAACUUCCUUUUACGAAACAGAGCUCUCGUCAACGCUAAGACCCGGAACGGCUACACGCCGCUUCACCAGGCCGCGCAGCAGGGGCACACGCACGUGGUCAACGCCCUUCUGCAGCAUGAAGCUUCCCCUAACGAGCUGACCGCCAACGGAAACACAGCGCUGGCCAUCGCGCGGCGCCUCGGCUACAUCUCCGUGGUGGACACGCUCAGCAUCUUGACCGAGGAGCCCGUGACGGGCGUCAACACGGUGAUAGAGAAGCACAAGUUGAACGUUCCCGAGACCAUGAAUGACGCACUAGACCUUUCUGACGACGAAGGUGAGGACGGGAUGGCCGGCGGCGAGUACCUCCGCCCGGAGGAUCUCAAGGAGCUCGGUGACGACUCUCUUCCCUCGAGCCAGUUUCUAGCCGACAGCAUCACUUACCUGGGCUCCGCCAGCCUGGCCAGGGGCCUCUCUGCCAGUUUGAUGCCAAGCUUGCGUUCGUUCAGUUCCGACAGGUCGUUCACACCCAGCCGUGGCUCGCUGCUCCGAGACAGCGGCUCGCUGCUGCGGGAGAGCGGGCCCCUGCUUCGCGACAGCGCUCACAACGAGGAGUUCCUCUCACCGCCCGGCAUGCAGUCACGGCCGCUGUCGAUGCCCCGAGACCUGGACCGAACAGCCUCAUUGCGGCAGCAAAGUUGGACUCCGGGAAUCACCGACAACGUUACCUUUCACCGCAGCCCGAUUCAGUCUGGCUUCCUCGUGAGCUUCAUGGUGGACGCCCGCGGCGGCUCAAUGCGAGGCAGCCGUCACAACGGCCUGCGCAUCGUGAUCCCCCCGCGCAAGUGCGAGGCGCCGACGCGGGUCACGUGCCGGCUGGUGCGCCGGCCCCGCCUGGCCGUGCCGCCGCCCAUGGUGGACGGGGAGGGCCUGGCAAGCCGCCUUGUGGAGGUGGGGCCCGCGGGGGCACAGUUUCUCGGUAAGCUACACCUGCCGAGCACGCCCCCCCCUCUGAACGAGGGAGAGAGCUUGGUUAGCCGCCUGCUGCAGCUGGGCCCCGAGGGGACCUCUUUCAUAGGGCCGGUGCUCGUGGAGAUCCCGCACUUCGCUUCGCUGCGCGGCCGCGAGCGGGAGCUCGUCGUGCUGCGCAGCGGCGACGGAAAGACGUGGAAGGAGCACCAGAACGACUGCAAGAACGACGACCUCAACGACGUGCUCAACGGCAUGGACGAAGAGCUCGAUUCGCUGGAGGAGCUCGAGAGGAAGCGCAUCUGCCGCAUCGUGACGCGCGACUUCCCGCAGUACUUUGCGGUGGUGUCGCGCGUGCGCCAGGAGAGCGAGGUGGUGGGCCCCGAGGGCGGCGUGCUCAGCUGCACCGUGGUACCCGACGUGCGGGCCUCCUUCCCGCAGGGCGCCCUCACCAAGCGCAUCAAGGUCGGCCUGCAGGCCCACCCAGUGCCAGAGGACAUGGUGAGAAAGGUCCUAGGCAACAAGGCGGCGUUCAGCCCCAUCGUGACGGUGGAGCCGCGCCGCAGGAAGUUCCACAAGCCCAUCACCAUGACGAUCCCCGUGCCGCAGUCCACGAGCGCCAUCACGGCCGCGAGCGCCGACACGCGGGUCAACGGCUUCAGCGAGACAGUGCCCGACACGCCGCCGCCGCUGCGCCUGCUGUGCAGCAUCACUGGUGGGAUUUCACCGGCGCACUGGGAAGACAUCACCGGCACGACGCCUCUCACCAUCACCACCUCAACAGUCUCCUUCACCACCAACGUUUCUGCCAGGUUCUGGCUGCUGUACUGCCGGCAGCCCCCGGAGGCCGUGAACCUGGCUAACCGGCUGUACCAGGAGGCCACCUGCGUACCGUAUCUGGCCACGUUCGUGGUGUUCUCCAAGGCGGUGGAGGCGGUGGAGUCGCGGCUGCGCUGCUUCUGCAUGACGGACGACCGCGUCGAUAAGACGCUGGAACAGCAGGAAAACUUCACAGAGGUGGCACGCAGCCGCGACGUGGAGGUAAUGGAGGGGAAGCCCAUCUACGUGGAGUGCUUUGGCAACCUGGUGCCACUCACCAAAUCAGGGCAGCAGCAUUCUUUCAACUUUUAUGCCUUCAAGGAGAACCGCCUGCCCUUCUACGUAAAGGUGCGGGACGUCACGCAGGAGCCGUGCGGACGCCUCUGCUUCAUGAAGGACCCCAAGACAACGCGAGGUCUGCCUCAGCAGGCGAUCUGUAGCCUCAACAUCACUAUACCUCCUUACAAGAAGGAGAAUGAGUCUGAGAGAGACGAUGAGGAUGAGCAGGAGCGGCUGGGCUACAGGCGGCAGCCCUACACGUCCCUGGCUUUACGUAAGCAUUACGGCAGUCUGAACGCGCUGGGCUUGUUGAGCGGCUCGGAUGGUCUGAGGCCCAAGUCGUACGUGGGGAGUCCAUACGUCGCCAGCCCAUUGCGCGUAAAAUCAGCCGUGGUGUUCCCCGCCACCUCCACCAGCCAGGAACUGCUGAGGGACGUUGGUGAGAUGAGGCGCGACCUCAUGAGGGUCACGUCCAUCCUCAAGAGUGACGGCGGCAUUGCCGGCAUGGGCAAGGAGGUGGUAAGGUCGCCAAAGCUCGACGUCAGGGUCAGGAUGGCUGCGGGUGGCAGGCCGGAGGAGAACGUCGGCGGAGAGCCGUUGGAGAUCAUGGAGAAGGUCAGAGAGGAUCUGGAGAAAGUGAGCGAGAUAUUGAAAAAGGACAACUACGGGGACGUGAGAGUGGUGCAGAGGUCGCAUCAGGAAGAGGGGCGGCUCGCGCGCUUUAUCAACAGAGAGAGCGGAAUUAUAAUCAGUGAUGAAGAAGUGGAAGACGCGAGCAAAAGAUACUCCGCAUCCGUUCGCUACUAUGAUCAGAAGUCUGCAAUGUUUGAUGUUACUGCUGCAAGUCACAAGGGCUCCAUCAAAGACACGACUAAAACUGUUUCUUUUUCAUGUGAAGACAUUAAGAGCGACAUGAAUAAGCGGGUGGGCUUCUACCAAGACUCGUCCAACGAGAGCCACACAAGUGUUGCAGGGCAAAAAGAAUUCCUCGUGAAGGAAAAAGGAUCCAUUUCAUCCGAAGACAAGAAACUAGGCAGCAGACUUCCAGGUUCCAUUAAAGUCCUUAAUGAGUCUCCACCAUGGUCACCACUGAAAAGGGUGAGAAAUGACGGCGAUCUUGAAAAGCCUUACAACUCCUAUCAAACGGUACGCAGAAGGGAUGUCCUUAGCAGAGACAGGCCUGAGAGGCUGGAUCUGGCCUUUGAGAAAAGGCAGAUGAGCAGACCAGAUGAACAUCCACAUGGCGCUCAAAGUAAAAAUGUGACGUCCUCAAGUCAAGCUAAAUAUGGCCUGCCAGUGGGCAGUGCAGAUUCUGUCAAGUAUGGAGCUUCCAAAGGCACGUGGCAGCCUGACUCCGUUCUGUCACCCCCUUCAUCGGACCUGCCACUGACAUCUCCGGUGGUCGAGGAGAAGCCCAUCGGGCCCAUUCGCGACAAGGUGCGUGCGCUGCAGAUGAGAGUGGACGCCGAAGCAGAAGAGAAGAAGCGAGGGCUGUAUAAGGAUCCGCACAAAAAAGACGAAGUGGCCACCAGAUACAUGUUGGGAAGAACGACUUCUCAAGGUCAGAGCAGCAGCACGACUUCGCCUACAGCUCCUGAAAUUAUAGAGGAGACCGUGUCUGUGAAGGACCUCAUGAAAGUGUUCCAGUCUGGCAGAGAUCCCUCGAAGGAGCACGCUGGUCUGUUUGAACACAAAUCCUCCUUCUCUGGUGACAGCGCAAGAGGGACGGAGUGGAGACCUGGAACUCCCGAACGGAAACCAUUAACUCCAGAGUCGCCAAUGAGGAUGCCGUUCAAAAGCUGGAAACCCCCCUCUGACAGCCCAAAGAGAAUGAGCGAGAUUGCUGGCGACAUGGCAAGCCCAACAAGGGCAGCCCGGAGCCACUUUAAAAUGCUGGAGAGUCCAACUCUUCAACGGAAGAUUAAAGGGCCAGAAGACGAGACGAAAGUUUACAAGCGAAUCAUAAUGCUAGACGAUGAGGACUGUGGCGAAAAACAAUUCAUGGCGGCAAAAUUUGAGAAUCUACCGCACUCCCCAGAAAGCCCACCUUCACCUGCUCCCCGCAGGAGAUCACCUGUGUCUCCAGAUAGCCAAAGAUCGCCGGUCAACAGACUGUGCAUUGGCUUGAGGAAGCUGGAGGGCCCAAAUUCACCAGACGAGCACACCACAGAAAGCCAUAAGUCCCCUUUAGGUUAUAGGUCUCCACUGGGUCAUAGGUCACCAGAAGGUAUAAAAACACCCAUAAGUCUACGAUCUCCCACAGGACAAAGAACACCAGAGAAACAGAGGUCCCCUUUAGGUAGCCGAUAUCAGGGCAUUCUCAAGUCUCCAGAAUGUCAUAGGUCACCAGAAAUUCUCAAAUCAUCCCGAGGUCAGCACACUCCAAUGGGGUGCAGGUCUCCAGACAGUUACAGGUCAAGCGAAAGCCACCGGUCACCUGAAAACCCAGGCUAUCGAGAAGAAGAAGGAGAGUUGACAGCCGACGAGUCUCUCCCGUCAUACCUGGACUCAUCGCACCUGGACACCCCUCUAUCUCAGGAGGAAGACAGUCGCCCAGGCUCUGCCCAGCUGAUGACCGACGAGUCAUACCGCUCGCUGCGGUACCUCACUCAGCAGUCGGUUGAGUACGUGGAGGAUGAAUUCACAGAAAUUCGCGGGGAGGGUUACCAGUUUGCUGAGAAAAUGCUGCUGUCGGAGUGCACCGAUCAGACCCAUUCGGACAGCGAAGAGACCUUCUUGGAUUGCUUCGCUACAGGGACGGUGAGAAGGGGGUCGAAGGAUGUUCAGAAGGAAACGAAGGAGCCUGGCAAGCAGAUGGAUAAAGUCCCCAGACAAUGCGUCUCUCCUGCUCAGAGCGACGCCAAAGGGAAGACGUAUCACGACAGCGACCCGGCACCUGGAAGCAACCAUCUGAGGGGAUUCUCGUUAGAGAGGAAGGGGUCUCCGGACAGAGAAUCGUCUCGUUACAGAGAAGACCGAGUGGACAAAACCGUCAAGGAGGCAGCCGAGAAGCUCACCGAGGUGUCGCAGUAUUUUCGUGACAAAGCCGAAAAGUUGAACGAUGAACUCCAGUCGCCCGAGAGAAAAAGAAGAAGCCCCGUGAGGCAGGACUCCGGCUUGACGGGGUCUGAACCUGGCAGUCCCAUCAAGCAGGUCUACAAUGUGACCAGGCAGGAGCCUGGCAGCCCAGUUCGUCAGAUGUCCAGCCUGGCUAAAGCCGAGCCAGGCAGCCCGGUGCGGCAAGUGUACAACGUGUCUAAGCAGGAGCCGGUGAGUCCGGUCCGGCAGGUCUCCAGUCUUGCGAAGCCAGAACCAGGGAGCCCGUCGAGACAAGCAUCUCCCUUAGCAAAGCACGACGUCGGCGCCAGCGCCAGACCGGGUCCUUCACAAGUGCAAGGGUCCUCAUCCACGAGUCCCGGCAAACAAACGGGGGGACCACCGCCGAGUGCCGAUCACGACAGCACCGUGAAGCCCAGGGUCUUCCCGAGGUCUUCCAUCCCCGUCCGAGAAGGACACGGAUCAGCCUCUUAUAAAGACUACAGGACGAAGCGGAUCACAGAGGCGAGGGAAGCGGUUUUUUUGGAUGAAGAGCAUGACGACGGGCAAUCGGCAAGGGGCUCCAGCAUAAAGCUAGUGGAAAAAAAAACGAUCGAUGUCCAGAAAAGUCCAAGAGUAGCUAGAGUCAUCCAGGAGGAGAAGGUAGACAAUGAUCAAUUCAGGCAGUUCCGAUCACCUCCAUCCCAAAGGUUAGAAUCUCACCCUGAGAAAGUGGGCAUCGGCUCUUUACAUGGAAAAUUGCCGUCGCCAGCGAUCGGCGAUGGACUAAGAGGGGCCCAGUGCAGCAGGGAGACGGACAAGGAUCACGCAACGGCUCCUGACACUCACUGCUCGGUGCAUUUUGAAGGCGAGUCAUCGAGUUCCAGAGCAGGAUGUGCGACAGAAGAGCACGCAAAUCAAAAUGCGAGGGCCCACAAAAGUGUUUCGAGGAGUCCCAAGCAUGAAGAUAAAAGUGAAACAAGCCACGUCAAAUCCGAGAGCUCUGGUAAUGGAAGAAAGCAUGAAGUUCAGCGAUCGGGAAAAUAUUCUACCUCCUCUACAACAGAAAGAGCGCAGAAAUCACCCGAGAAAAGGACGUCGCCGUCGACAUCCAGGCGGUAUUACUCGAGAAGCGAGCACAAAACCCAAGUGGCUUCUUCUAGUGCGUACAAGAGAACUAAAGAAAAUGCUGAUAUUGACAAGAGCCAGUGGGAUGGACAAAACCGACGCUCCACCACUGACAGCGAACGUGACAUGGAAGAUGACUCCAUGAUCUCCGAGAAGGAGCGCUCCACCGUGGAGGAAAAGGAAGACAUUUCUCCGUCGGCAUGCACCGACGAUGCGGGGAAGGGGAACGAGGGCGACAACGGCGUCGCCAGCCCCGAGCAGUCGACGGUGGAGCCGGGCGCCGCCGGGCCCGUUCGGCUGGAACGGUCGACGAGCGAGAAUGCCGAAUCGGCCGCCUGCCACAGAGCCGUGAGCGACACGGAGAGAGAGAAAGAGGUGGAAUUCAUUAAGCCAAUCAGUGAUGACAAACACGGCAUGAACCUGGGAAAGAAGUCACCAUCCCAGGUCGGUCUGGCCAAUUUCACCUUGCAGGAGCAGCACGGCACUGAGGUGCGCAGCAGAGAGCAGGUUGGCGUGAGCCACACGCCGAGCGGGGGGGACUCGAACCCAGGUUCGCCGCCAGGGGCCGUGUUGUCAAAAGUGUUGAACCCCGAGGAACAGAAAAUUGUGCAGUGCAGCUCUUCAUCUUCUGACUUUGAGAAGCUGGCCGUGAAGGCGGCAGUCACAUUAUUGUCUGCCGUGGAAGGCUCCGAGCAGUCGGGCGAUGAAGCAAUGGCCAUGGUGAAGUCUCUGUGCAGUGAGGAGAAGAUGAUGGAGCACCUUGCGCUGACCGAAGAGCAAGUAAAAUCGCUCGCGCAGGAAUCUUCCACGUGCCAGACCUUUGACCCUGCCGGUGUUCCUCUCACGGAGAAGGAGAAGAUGCAGCAACUGUUGGUGAGUGAGAGCAAGGCGUUGAUGGAGGCGGAGCACAAGUUCACGACAGACGUGCAAUGCUUCUCAACGACGGUCGACACCCUGACCUAUAGUUCAACGGAGAAAAAGGUCACAGCCAUUGUGACGUCAAAGGAUUUUGUAGGACCUUGUGCUCAGCAGUCACAGGGCAAUGUGAUUAAAACUGCCACCACAUCUGAGACCGGUCCCAAGAAGACUCGGUGUGAAGCCUCGAGUAAACAGUGUGAACCACAGUCUCCUAACCAAGACGUGGACAACGAGCCUCGGAUGCAUAAAGUUGAGCCCGAGAGCUCUGUUAAAUGUGGCUUUUCACGAACGCAGCAAAACGACUUUGCAAAGAGACACGAAGCAUUUGAGUGUAAAACUAAUCGCGGUGAGCUGACAGCUGAGCAACGCAAAGCAAACUCUACUCACGAGCCUCCAACCUACGCUUCGGUUUUCCCAACGAAAUCUGGAGAGCCCAGCAGCGCGGUGUCCACACCGGAUCCUCAUCAAAAAGAGAGAACGUUUGAGUUUCCUCCACCUCCUCCCAUCACCAUGCUGGACGAGGAGCAAAUGCCGCCUAUGAUGGAGCUGGCAGGCGAGGAAGGAAUGACGUCUUCAUCCUCGGCAUGUGACUCGGAGGUCACGCUGCUGAUGUGCCAUAGGGAGGCGCGGAAGUCGAGGCACGCCGAGCCCAAUAUCAAAGUGCAGCCUCCGUCGCCCGUGCAGUUUAGCGCAGAGGAUCUGAAUCACCCGGCCUCUGCUGAGCCAAAUCAGUCACCCAUCUCCCUCAAGAAGUACACGUUUAAGCUGUUUAACGACGACGAACAGAAAGAGCGAGCCAAGAGGAAGGACGAAGGUGAGAAGACAGCAGCCCGCAAAGCCCCCGGCGUCGAUUCAAAGCAAGUGGCGUCAGACGCUCCGGGAGACCGGGAUGCGCCACAGGACACUCAGCCGACCGAGCGCUCGUUCACCACCACAGCGGAGUUCUCGCAUGACACCGACGCCACCGAGGUGGACUCCCUCGACGGGUACGAGCUGCCCAGCGAAGAGGACGAAAAUACCGUCGCAGAGGCGAGCAACAACAAUAGGCUGCUUGACUGGGCGGCUGAGGUCCGCGACGCGACCAUGGGCAAAACCGACUGGUUUCCCGUGGACGGGUCGGGCUUUUCCUUACACGACCGCGAGCCACCGCAGGGACGCAAACCUGCAAGUGCUCACGCAAAAACGGAGGAAUCAGGUGAGAAGCAGUCGGACAGCACCUCAGAGAACUUUACACUAGAAGGCCGUCACCCAGAUCGGACCCCGUUUGGUAAUGUUUAUCCUUUUCCCUCCAACUUAGCGGGCAAGGCGGUGAAGUUUGACCCGUGGACUACAAUUCGCGACGAGGAGGAAGGCCGCGGCGAGCACGGCCGCGCCGCGGAGCCGAAGCCGUUCCGGCUCGCGCUGCACAACGAGAGCGUGCAGAAGUCUCCGGCCAACUCCCCCGACGACCUCACCCCGACGGCCCGCACCCCGACCGACCCCGAGAGCACCCCAACGAGCGAGCGCAACAUGUUUCCCUUCCCGUUCCGAGAGGGGAAGAUGUUCGAGAUGACUCGCAGCGGCGCCAUCGACGUGGGCAAGAGGGAGGAGAAUGACGUGGCCAAGGACGCGAGGCCGCAGUGCCUGCCCAUUGGUGAGGGAGGCGCCCAGCCGGGGAGCGUGGCGGUGGGGGCCGCGCCUCUGCAGGCGGCCGCUGACACGCCGGCCUCCUCCCCGCAGGGCGCCGAGGAAUCCACGGACCCCUUCAAGUCGUCGCUGUGGACGGAGCAAGAGCUGAAGUCUCUCCGUGGGGCCACGCAGGACCCAUUUGCGACGCUAUGGGACUCUCUCGAGGAAAAGAUAGUCUCGUCCAUGACCACGAAAUCCGAGUCCAAGUCGCGGAUUCCCAUAAAGAUGGGAGUCUCCGCCUCGGCCAAGGUCAUCAAGAAGGACGCGCUGAGUGCAGAAGCGCCCGACGAUAAAAAUCCAGACUCGUCCACAAGUUCUGCCGAGUCAGCGAAUGCAUUGGGGACGGAGUUGUGCACGUCGGCAAAGCCAGAGCCAUUAGACGCACAUGCGGUGACCAACGUCAACAGUAAACUAACGAACCUUGAGACCAAUGAAUUUUCCGAUAAACAUAAUUUAGACAAAGCUGUAGCAGACACCAGAAGCAGCAGCAGCAAAACAUUUGAGCAGAGAGCUGAGAGCAGUGGUUGCCCCUUAGCCUCUGGGAGACUUGGAGAGGGGGAAUUCGCACCCAAACCACUACCUAGGGAGAAACACUCUGCACAAGAAAGGCAACAGCAAGUCACAGUGGCCACUGCGCAGGCACAACGCCCAGCAGCUCAGGAUCGCCUGAUUCCCAAACCAGGUGACAAUCCAGCUGCACAGUACCCCUCAGAGCCGUCGGAGCGGGCCAAAGUUCAGGCUUUUCCACACGCUGAGCAAACUGCCCCAAGUCAGACUUCGCUGGUGGGUGAGCAGGGCAACAAAAAGCCAGCACUUUCUCCCAUUAAGCACUCGCCCCACGUAGUGGCGUCGGCCAGCAAGCAGGCUACAAGGGUGGCCGUGGCCUCGCAGCACAGGCCAAGCGCGCUGCCAGAGAAUGCUCACAUAGCCAAGUACACCGCUGUGACGGCCAAAUUGAGCCACUCGUCCCCCAAGCACGACACGAAGCAUUCCCCCACCCAUUCGCCCAACAAGGGCCCAAUGCACACUGUUCACACACUCAAGCAGUCCGCGGCACACACUGCCCACGCGUCACCGGUGCAUCCCUCGUCAGAGGCCAUGCACCCUCCCCUGCCCUCAAAGCAGCCGCCUGUGGACUCCGGUCAUCCGGUGCAUUCACAUUCCGCCUCAGGUGAGCAGGCCGUUCGGGACGACUCGCACACGUAUCGCUCCUGCUCGCCUUCUGAACAGUCCCUGACUCAAAUUCCCCUACACGACGAUUUAACGUCGAGCCAAACCUCCAGCGCUUCAGAGCAGAUUCCCCCAGCAAAAUCUGCGCACACGGAGAAGCACGGCACUUCGCACGGGGCCAGUGCCGCCACGACGCACUCCACGUCGAGCACCAAGCAGAUCCCGAGGGCCCCUGACCCACAUGCCGACGUGAACCGAAAGCCACCUUCCACGCAUCCCUCUCCCCCGCAUGGCGCGCUUGCCCAGAAGCACCCUCCCGCGCAUGCCGACCACUCCGCAAAGCAUGUCCCCUCCGCGAGCACGCACGACGCAAAGCAGGUCCCUGUACCGGCGGAGCGCACGUCCAAGUUGCACGGCAGGCCCGGCGAGAGUCCAACGAAGCAGCACGCUUCUUCGCUGGAGCACGUGGGUGCCAAGCGGGCGCCUUCGCCGACCCACAGGCACGCCACCAAGGCGAGCGUCUCCCCGAGACAUCACGAGCAGGCACAGGUCAGCCCCUCCAAAAGGCACACUGGGCAAAUGUCGAGGCAGACCGCUGAGCAGUCGCAAGCUGACAAGUCGAAAUCUAAACUGCCCAUCAAGUCAAAAUAUUCGAGAUCCGAGGCGUCAGGGGUAAGCACCGAGACGAGCGUGUCGAGGGUCGCAGAGGUUAGGAUUAGGGGCGCAGAGGUCAGGACAAAGGUUACGGCAAGUAAGGAGAAAUCUAUAGUGCGAACAAAGUCAGAGUCGGAGCAGCAGAUUAAAUCCAGGAUACCCGUUCGCCACAGGAGUUCGGAUUCCGAUUCAGAUGGAAAAUUCCAAUCGGAAAGGGCUCAGCUGAAAAAAGGGAGACCAUCGACUGCGAAACCAAAAACUUUCCAAUCCAAGCUGCCGGUGAAAGCAAAGCCUGAGCAGACGCAGCCGGUCACGGCUUCCCCCGUCGUGGACGAAGCGGCAACCUGCAGCCCUGCCCUUCCAGAGGCUUUCCGGCACUCCAUCGAGUACUUCGAGGGCGUCAGCAGGGAGGCGUCGCGGCUCGCCGAUCGGCUAUCCCUGCAGGAGGGCCGGGGCGACGACGCGGCAGCGGCGUCCACGGAGGACGACGACAGCAACGUGUAUGAUGUGUCGACCGAGUCGCCCAACCCGCCCUCGGACGAGCGCUCGCCCAGCAACAGCAGCAGCAGCUUCAGAAGUCGACCCAUCGAGAGCAGCCCGGGCUCAUCGUCCGACGCGACUCCAGCCAAGAACGGAACUACUGCUGGUCACAGCCCGAGUGAGAGGACCAGCUUGCGGUUGUCAGAAAUCGCAGGACAUUUGGGCAUUAGCUGGCCUGAGCUGGCCCGUGAGCUGAGUUUCCACGAGGACCAAAUCAACCGGAUACGGAUGGAGAACCCCAUCUCGGUGGCCGAGCAGGGCCACGAGCUCCUCCGCCAGUGGACGGCGCACGACGGCCCGGCCGCCACCGUGGAGAAGCUGAAGGUGGCCCUCGCGCGGAUCCACCGGCUCGACAUUGUGAGCCUUGUGGAGAGAGGGGCCGGACGGGGGGCACGCUCCUACAGCGAGAUCGAGGGGACGAUCGCAUUGGAUGAGUCUGACGGAGUCUCCCCCCCGCCCGAUGAGUUGCCUUCCCCCUUGUUCCCGGGGUCGACCGCCCGACCCAAACUGAGCUGGGGGCCAGACACGACCGUAGAGGUCAACGGGACACCUCCACUGUCGCCGGCGGCUCCGGGGACGGCCGACGAGGCCGGGCGUAACUUGGCGCCCAUGGUCGCGUCGGAGGAUGACCUUUCCCUCGGAGAUUCAGGGUUGGACAGUCCUGCCGUGAGUGUGAGGACAGGAGCGAUGCAAGCAGUCAGCCGGGAUGGCAUCAACAUGGACGGCACAAGUGUGCGGAGGAGAGACGAGGCUGAGCAGCUGGUGGUGGGACAGACCAAGCCAUUGGGAUCUCACAAACACCUCGAGACGGACGGGCCGGGCAGAGGGCUUCACGCCAUGGACGGAAAACCCGGGGCUCCCAGCAGCAGAGAGAGCCGUGCCGAUGAUCGCAUUGUCACAAAGGUCGUCACCAAAACGAUCAUUCAGGAGUAACGGUGCAAAAGAGCAGCACUGACUGCCCAAGUGGAGCUACCACGGAGCGAGGAAGGGCCACAGCUUGGAGAGGGAUUCUGGGAAGCGUGCCACACGAGACUGGAAGGCGACUUCGUGCAGUAAAAAAAAACAAAUCAAACGUGUAGAGGGGAGAGAUGAUUGUGAUCCUUGGUGAGUGCAGAUUGUGAGUGGCUUGGGGAGGCCUUGAGCAAUGCUGCGUUGGGUGUGACCCGUACUGGAUUAGAGUUACCAUUUAAUGCACUGCAUGAUGCAACAAACAAACAAACAAAAAUGCUUUAUUUUAAAUUUCCAUGUUUAAUUUUCAGCCAAAGACACUCUUGUUGAAACAUUUUUAUUUUUUGUGAAUCACUUUCCUGUAAAAAAAAAGUUCAAUAAAAAAAGGGGAAAAAAAUUGUCAAACACAAGUUUUGAAGGUCGUAAAAUCCAUUAAUUGUAAUCCACCGCCACAUUGGUAUGUUAUAAGGUGAUUUUGAAAAAAAAUAAAAUUAUAACUUAUACUAUUACUAAAACUUGUUAUGCUUUAUUAGAGCACAGUAAUUUAGCUGGGCUAAAUGAUGUCUGGUAUUGUAUUGCGUAUUCGAGAGGCGUUGCAGAUUACUGGCCUGGGAUCGGGCAGACAAAUCACACAAUCCUGUAUAUAAGACUGCCAUGUUAUUGCUUGUAACAAUUAUGUUGAUGCAGCCUUGGCAUGGAGGUCAUUACUUCCUUCAGCUUAUUAUGUCCCCCACCCCUCUUAACUUAAAUGGCCAUCAUUGACACACAAUGUAAACACAAACAUGUACAUAGGAGUUGCCAUUGAAUGUACUGUAGUGAUGCCAUGCACCGUAACACUCAUUCUGUAUAAAAUCUCACGAACAAAAAAGGUUUGUUUUAAAAUACCGAAAAACAAGUUUAACAAAACAAUUAUGAAACAAGUAUGCAUAUUCAGCACUUAUUUGCAAAACUCAGACCUUGUAUAUGAAUAAUGCAAUUGCUGCCAUCACAAAAUCAGCUGUAAACAAUGCUUGUAUUUGAGUUUUCAUCGUUCAAAUCGCCAUUAUACACACGAUUAGCGCUAAAGCACAUAUUUAAAGGGACGAAAUUACGUUUGAGAAAAUUGCCAAUUAUCAUGCCUGCUGCAUGCACUUCUACAUUAAAAAGAUGUAUGUACGAUGACUCACUUAUACUGUAUAACUAAAUUGCGUAGUUACUUGUGCGUUCUGUGGACUUAUUUUCGGUGGCUGGGAUUUCUCUAAUACAAAAGCAUUCAUCUCUUUGAUUUUAAUGAGAAGGGAAAAAAACCCUGCGUUUUGGGGUCAAUGCGAGAGACAGAAAGUGGACAUUUUGAUGGCAGUAAGCCAGCCCCACUUACUCCCAGGACACACAGAAGUUUGCAUGGGUUACCUGUUCCAUCCUGAGUAAUGCUUCAUUCUAACCAACGUCAACUCAAAUAGAACUUGUUAUUUUAUUUUACACGUGUACUUUACAUCAGUGCAGCUGUUGGUUUAGCCGCCUGUCAACAUGUUGGCAUUGACAAGGUAAUAAUCUCGAAGAAAAUAAUUUUCCAAACUUGGCCAUCUUCGGAUGGAAUCUCAAAACAUCGGUAAGGGCUGUUCAUUCCAAGCAACUUAUGGUUUUAAUGUGCAGGCAAAAUGACAAAAAUCAAGAGUACAUUACGGCUCAAGUGGAAGUUAAUAGUUUGUGUGUAAAGUACAAUAUAUAUUUUUCCUAUAACUUCAGAAAGUGGAGCAAGUACUGUACUUUUUUUUGUCCAGAAAAAUAUUGGAAAGUGCCUAAAAAACCAAAAUUCCCAAAAUUUAACCGUAGGGUUUUUUUUAGAGCUUAGUUUUUACGACUAAUAACCGCACUUCCCACCGUCCCUUGAGCUGUGGUCACUGUCUGUGAAUCAAAAACACGCCUGCUCACCACCUUCCACCACCCCCCCCCCACACUAUAGCGCGCGUCUCUUUGUAAAAAAAAUUAAACUAAAAAACAUUACCACUUGCGGGCAUUUCAAUUUAGGUAAAGGGUCAUUUCUGUUUGCUUAUUUCACUUUGCUUUGUUAAAAAUCCUGCUUUAGUGGGCUACAUUGAAAUGCGUAAUUUAUGACGAGAUAAUUGUAGUGAUAAUGGAACAUAGAUCACUGACUUGUUACUCACAAUAAAGUAUUUGUGUCUUAAA